AUGUUCAUGCUUGAUAAGAGACACGAUGGGGUGUUUCCAAGCAAGUAUGGGGAUGAAAACCAGUAUAUCCCUGGAACCAUCGCAGGACAUAAUGUGAUAAUCGUGGCCCUGCCCAGACGGACAACAGGGACCGUCUCAGCUGCUACGCUUGUUGGGAGUCUCAAAGCGAACUUUCGAAACGUUCGCUUUGGGCUAAUGGUUGGCAUUGGCGCUGGCGUUCCGGGGCGGAAUUUGAAGCCUGAUAUUCGGUUAGGAGAUGUCAUUGUAGCCGGCCCCGGAGAUGAUAGCAAUAGUGCCCAAGGAGUACUUGAUUAUGGUCUUGGGAAGGAAUUAGUGGACGACUUUGUUAGCAUCGGAUGGAUCCAACCGACAGAUCGCCGUCUGAGGACUGCCAUAGAAUCGCUGGAGGCUGAAGCCGAGUUUAAAGGCCACGAUAUUCUUGCGCCUUAUCUCGCCCGGUUCCGAAGGAGUUCGGAAGGCAUGAGGUUCCUCUAUCCUGGGGCAUGCAAUGAUAAUCUAUAUGAAGCCGAGAACACAGGAAGUCCAGGGGCAGAAAGGUACGAACUGGUCUCUCGUCCAGUCCGACAGUUCGAAGGACCAGCUAUCCACUAUGGCCUCGUUGCUUCGGGUGACAAGGUUGUCAAAAGCGCAAAGCUGAGAGAUGACUUGCGCGAUAAAUACGGCAUCAUUUGUUUUGAAAUGGAAGCUGCAGGUAUCCUAAAUACCCUGCCAGUCGCAGUUAUCAAAGGCGUCUCAGACUAUGCCGAUUUCCAUAAGAACGACAGCUGGCAUGACUAUGCGGCGGCAACGGCAGCUUCUUACGCACGGUGCCUUCUCGAGACUAUUGGGCCUAUGCGAGAGGAUCUUCUAACUAUUCCCGAUAGACCUGAAACCCCGAGAAGAUUCUUCUCGGUGCCAUUUGGCAGAAACGCGCAAUUUAUUGGCCGAAAGCACGAGGUUGAUACCUUGCUAUCGAAGGUUGGCAGCAAUAACCCCGAAGACGAUUGCCAGCGUGUAACGGUUUUCGGGUUAGGUGGAAUGGGGAAAACUCAGAUCUGUAUUGAGUUUUCCUAUAGACUCCAGGAGUCUAUCUCCGUGUUCUGGGUUUCAGCAGUGACUGCUGAGACGCUCAAGAAAGCCUUUCGAGAUAUUGGCCAGACACUCAAACUCCCUGGUAUACAAGAAACGGAUGCAGAGGUUCAGACACUUGUGAGGUCUGCACUAGCCAACGAGAGCUUCGGGAGGUGGGUACUGAUAAUUGACAAUGCUGAUGAUAGCAAGAUGCUAUAUGAGAGCAGCAGUGAUAGUUGUGGCGAAAUGGCAGCUCCCCUAAUUGACUAUCUGCCCUUCAGCCGCCUGGGCUCUAUCGUCUUCACGACACGCAAUCUUGAAGCAGCAGUGAAAUACAGUGGUACUAAUAGGAUUGAGGUCGGGAAGCCCAACACAGAAGAUGCUAUGGUGAUGUUAGAGUCGAACCUGGGAGAUAUCGGCACAAUGGUCGACACAGACGACAAACGUCAGCUUCUUGACAUUUUGGAUUAUCUCCCACUCGCUAUCAUGCAGGCUGCUGCUUAUCUUUGUGCAAAGCAGUUGAGCGUCACGAAAUAUUUGCACAUAUACCGGAAUAGCUCCGAAGCCUUGAGCGAGGUUCUGAAUCGUAAUAUCGAGGAUACUCGCAGAUACAGGACUCUGAGCAAACCAGCGGCAACCACAUGGUUCAUCUCAUUUGAGCAAAUCGCUCGUGAUGACCCGCUCGCAGCGGACUAUCUUUGCUUUAUGUCUUGCGUCAAUCCACAAAGUAUUCCGACCUCUCUCUUACCAGAGGCCUCUCCACUCGAAGUUGCCAACUCUAUUGGCACGUUGAAAGCGUACGCGCUGAUUAAAGAACGGCCUAGUGGAAACUGCUUCGAUACUCAUAGCCUAGUGCACCUGUCCGUGCAAAAGUGGCUUACAGCCAAAGGAACAUUUCAUGAGUGGACAGGGAGGGUAUUGGAAAGGGUCGCGGAGGUCUUCCCAACCGGCGAGCCAGCAAACGUACACUUGUGGAAUUUGUACCUGCACCAUGCGCUCCAUAUCCUUAAUCUGACGGAGAUAUCGUCUUUGCUGGAGCAGGCUGGAAGGACUUUGCUUUACAACGUCGGCUGGUGCCUACUGAACAGUGGCCUGUACAAUGAGGCCGAGAUAAUCUGUCAAAUGAGCCUGCAGAUGAAUGAAUGUGCAUUGGGCCCCGACCAUCCUGACACUCUCAAUUCAAUGAGCAAGCUUGGCAGGGCCUUGAAACAAAAUGACAAGCCCAACGAAGCAGAGACGGUAUGUCGCCAUGUUCUCAAACUCAGGGAGUUUGCAAGUUGGUUCGACCAUUUGGAUACAUCCUCCCAUCCUGCUCUGAAUCUGUUCGAGCUACUACGAGACAGCGGGAGGCUUAAGGAGGCCCAUGAAAUCAGCAUCAAAACUUUGAAUCAAAUGGUCAAGUCUCUAGGUCUGGAGCAUCCUCUUACUCUGACGUGCUUCUCAAACCUCGCCCAAAUACUUCACGCUCAGGGCCAUUUUGACGCUGCUAAGGGUUUGAACGAGCAGACACUGGCAGCCAGAGGGAGAAUCCUAGGUCCAGUACACCAGGAUACAUUGGUCAGCAUCAAUAAUUCAGCCCUAUUCCCAGGCAGGAACAACGACUACAAGGAAGCAGAGGACAUGUUCCGGACACUCUGUGAGGUGUGCGAAGCCACUUUGGGCCCAGAGAAUCCGCUGACACUCGUCGCUAAAAACAACCUAGCCAUGGUGCUGAACUGGAAGGGCCAAAGCGUUGAAGCGAUGCAUUUGUUGCAGGGGGUCCUGAGCAUCAAUACCAAGCUCCUUGGCCCGGAACACUGCAAUACCCUAACCACCAGGAGUAACAUAGCCGUCGUUUCCCAUGCACAAGGUGGACAUGCUGUUGCGGAUCAAUUAUUUCGAGAGAUACUGUUAAAGGUCGAGAGUCUAACGGGGCCAGAGCACCCCAGCACGCUUUUAAACUUGUCAGGUUUAGCCCAGGUCCGUCAAUCACAGGGGCGAUAUGACGAGGCCGAAGAGAUGCUCACAAGGGUGUUUGAGGCCAGAGAAGGAGCAUUAGGGCUCGACAACCCAGACACAUUGGCGAGCGCACGGGCGCUACACCAUCUCCAAGCCCUUCGUCAACAGCUACCGAGAUAA